AUGUACCGUCCUGACGCCGAAGUCACCGAAAUACACACCGACGCGAGUUCGAAGGCUCUUUCGGGAAUAUUGUUUCAAGGGCCGAAAUCGACACAAAUAAAAAUGGUUUACGCGGUAAGUAAACGAACCACGUUGGCUGAAUCAAAGUAUCAUUCCAGCCGCCUGGAACUUUUUGCCAUUAUUUGGACCUUGAAUCGGUUACGCCAAUACUUAUUGGGAAUUCGAUUUACCGUCGUGACCGAUUGCCAGGCACUCGUGUAUUUAAACAUACAUAAGACCACUAAACCUCAAAUCGCCCGUUGGUAUGAAAUCUUUCAAGAAUUUGAUUUCGAAAUAAAGUAUCGACCGGGCACGCGCAUGCCCCACGUUGACGCGCUAAGCCGAGCGCCAUACGACGAGGAGGGCACCGUCAGAUCAGUGGAAGAUGAACUGUCCGACCGUGUCGACGUAUUUAUCGCCAUGACAAAAUUCGAAGCGGUUCGACUACUGCAAGCCGCCGAUGAACGUGUCCGUAGUUUGGUGGGAAUUCUGUCCGGAGUAGACGGACAAACCAACGAGACGAACAACGAAAUAGAAGGGUACCAAGUUACCGACGGAAUAUUGUACAAAAUACACAAUGGUCGCCCCCUACUAGUAAUACCGAAAGCAAUGCGGAAGGGAAUUGUGAUCGCGGCGCACGACUAUGCCGGACACUUUUCGGUUGAUCGUACCGUCGCACGUAUACUCAAUGAUUACUGGUUCUCGGGACUAAAAAGGUAUGUCAAGCAGCACAUUGCAAUGUGCGUAGACUGUCUCGUUAACAAGAAACCAGCCGGAUCGAAGCCCGGCUAUCUACAUCCGAUACCCCCGGGGAAACGACCGUUCCAAGUAAUACAUAUCGACCACCUAGGUCCUUUCGAAACUUCAGCGAAGAAAAACAAGUACCUACUUGUCUUGGUCGAUAAUCUGACGAAAUACACGCAACUAUUCCCGUGUAAGACGACCAACACUGCAGCCGUUCUGCGCAUCUUGGAACGAUUUUGCACAGAACGAGGUAUUCCCGAUCGGAUUGUUUCGGACCGCGGGACGUGUUUCACCUCACACGCAUUUGAAACGUUUUGUAACGAACGAGGUAUCCGACACACCCUGAACUCCACACGACACCCGCAGGCUAAUGGCCAGGUGGAAAGGGCUAACCGUACAAUAGUUACACUGUUGAGUGUUACCGGAAGAGACCAUACUAGCUGGGAUAUGCAAUUACGGCAAGUGGAGAACAUGCUAAACACCGCACCAAACAAAUCCACGACGAAAACGCCUUACGAAACUUUACAUGGUUAUCUGCCUCGCUUCUUCAAGGGUAUUCUACCCACUCUUAGUCUCACUGGAACCGACUGGCGCGACCCUCAUGACGUUCAAGCCGAGGCACGUGAAAACAUCACUAAUGCUCAGGUAAAAAUGAAAAUUGCUCACGACCGGAAGAGAUACGAAGGCAUAAAAUAUGAAGUGGGUGAAAUUGUGGUGAUGUUGAAACAGCCAGUUCCACAUCUAUCAACAAAACUACAAUCAAAAUAUCGUGUGAAACCGCUGCAAGUGGUAGAAGUACUGCCGAGUGACACCUACCGCGUCGCUGAAAUCGCCAUGGAUGGACACGAGACUUACGCGACUACAGCACAUGUCUCACAAUUAAAAUCUUGGAAAGUCCUGAAGGAAGACGACGACGAUGGAGACGAGGAUGACGUGAUUCGGGAAGCCAAUAACGGGGAAGGAAGGGCCGAGCAAUCCACGUCGACCUUACCAGUUACCAAGCCAAGGCGUAGCGCUAGAACUCAUCGACAACCGAGGUAUCUCGACGACUAUGCAUAA